AUGACGGUCAAGGGAUCUCGCAAGAGAGUUAAGCCCAGUCCCUCUGGCGCGGACUCGCCAUCCCCCGCAUCUCCGGGCAAUGCUGCCCGAGACCACUCAGACUCUCAAACACAAAGCCGUGCUAGUUGGUAUCCUGGAUCUUGGUCAGCGAUCUCGAGAGCUUCUAAAGCGGCCCCAGUUACCGAGGUUGCCCGUGAGAGCAUAUCGGUCGCCCAAAACAUAGCGUCCAGCGCCCUCGAUUCCUCAUCCUCCCUUUUCGACACCCCGAAACAGACCCGAAACCCGUCCUUUCAACUGACCAAGAAAGCUGGCGCAUCGACACGGUCACUUCCUGCUGACGUGACUACAACCCGGGUCAAUAUUGCGUCGGAUGGCUCAGCUUCUACAACAGCUUUGGAUGCCAUCGACACCCCUGCAGGUACAGAAACUCAAUCCAAAAAUAAAGAAGAGCCAGGGGAAGGGACUUCAAAAGCUCUAGAAAAACCGACUGAAUGUCAAGGAUCGAUUUCCGAAACAACUGGAGCGGAAGCGACUAGUCUACCCGUGGCUACAGCUGAGCAGGCUGGUGGAUGGUUUUCAUGGAUGUAUAGACCUGGGCACUCAGAAAAGGGCAACAUAACUAGACCUGAGCUGGCAGAAACAGCUCCUUUAUCCCCGGUUGGGCCCAACCAGCCUGUGGUGCAAGACGAUCCUCAAUCAAUCGCGAAUGAUACAAGUCCACAAGAAUUGCAAGAUCAAGGCCAAGAUCAGAUACAAAGACAAGCAACCGAUACGAUAGAAAUAACAUCUACCGCUCAGAAACGCUCGUGGCUGCAGAUGUGGUACGGUUCGGCUUCGUCGACCAAGCAGGGAGAAGAGAGCAAAGCAGCAGAUGCCUCUGAGCCCCUCUCUUCGGAAACAAAUGCAUCUACAGGUAAAGCUGUGGAUAUGACACCCAAAGAUCCCUCUGAAGGAGUCGAAGAAGAGGCUGAUUUGUCGCAAACUUCUAUUGGGGCCACAAAAUCCUCGGGCUGGUCGUUCUGGUCCAAAGAUACUUCCAAAAGCACCACUCAAGACAAACCACAGGAGGCGAAAGUAGUAGAAGCUUCUAUCUCUCCAAAUACAUCCUUGCCGCCAACAUCACUAGAGCCUGAUCCAAAGGCAGAUGUGACCAUUACGAAAAAAGGAAAUAUUAAAGUGAAACCAUCAAAGGAUGACCGUGCUAAAGACGGAGCCGUAUCCACGGUUGAGGCAACAUCCAUACCACCCGCUGAGUCUCGUUCAACUGAUGUCAACGCAUCAAAGCAGUUGCAGAGAAUUUUGCCCAACCAAGUACUUCCUCGGUUUGAAGAGACAUACCAUUUAGAGGAGUCUCCUUCUAUUUUACAGAGUCUCGGUCGAUUGCUGCAUUACAGCAAAGGUCCCGAGCAUAAUCAUGUCUCUCGUGUCAAAGAACCGCCUCGCAUAAGACGUGCUUUGGCCAUCGGCGUUCAUGGGUAUUUCCCUGCCCCGCUGAUUCGCAGCGUUCUCGGGCAGCCUACAGGCACGUCGAUACGAUUCUCCAAUAUGGCAUCUGAGGCCAUUCGAAAGUAUACCGCCGACCACGGUUACACGUGUGAGAUUGAAAAGAUCGCGCUCGAGGGCGAAGGUCGCAUCGCAGAGCGUGUAGAUUUGCUUUGGAAGUUACUAUUGAAUUGGAUGGAAGAAAUCCGCAAGGCUGAUUUUAUCAUGGUUGCAUGCCACAGUCAAGGAGUCCCCGUCUCAAUCAUGCUAGUUGCAAAAUUAAUUGCAUUCGGAUGUGUUAAUGCAUCCCGUGUGGGGAUCUGUGCAAUGGCUGGCGUGAAUAUGGGUCCCUUCUCUGCCUACCGAUCACGAUGGAUAAGCGGAUCUGCUGGAGAGCUGUUCGAGUUUGAAUUGCCCUUCAGCAAAGUAUCGAAGGACUACGAGGCUGCGUUGAGAUGCGCCCUUGAUUUCGGCGUGCGAAUUUCGUAUGUUGGAAGUAUUGACGACCAAUUGGUGUCUCUAGAGUCAUCGCUAUUUUCGCCAAUAGCUCAUCCUUACAUCUACCGCUCCGUGUUUGUAGAUGGCAGGGUACAUGCGCCGAGCUUCCUUUCACAUCUUGUUGGCUUCGCGCUCAAGCUUCGAAAUCUUGGAAUUUCCGACCACGGUCUCAUUCGUGAGCUCAGCAGUCCAUUGGCCGGUAGUCUUUACACUGGCGAUGGACAUUCUCGCCUGUACGAUGACGAAGCUGUAUAUUACAUGGCCAUUCAGUUCACUCUGGAAACAUCCAAUGUUCCAGACGCCAGCUUGAACACCAAACGUUCUAGCCCGGCGGUCUCUCCGAAUCCAUACAUCCUUCCCUUCGCUAUGCGUGGUCUCCUCGAGGAAGAAUACGUGCGCAGAGAACUACAUGAAGAGACGAUGGAACUACUUCGUCAAUUCGAUGACUGGAAGCCGUCGAGCAAGGUUUUGAAGGACGUCAAAUUUCGACUCGAGGGCAUCAGGUCAAAGCUUUAG